AUGGCUACUCUCAUUGCUCCUCCCAACCACUCUCCUGUAGAAGAUGCUGAAGCUCUCCAUAAGGCUGUCAAAGGUUGGGGAGCUAAUGAAAAAGCCAUUAUAGCAAUACUAGGUCAUAGAAAUGCUAAACAAAGGACACAAAUCAAACAAGCAUACCAGGAACUCUUCCAAGAGGAUCUCAUCAAACGCCUUGAGUCUGAGCUCUCUGGUGACUUUGAGAAAGCAAUGUACCGGUGGAUGUGGGAACCUGCGGAACGUGAGGCUUUGCUAGCAAAUAUAGCGCUCAGAAAUUAUGGUAACAAAAACUACCAUGUGAUCGUGGAAAUUUCAUGUGUCCUUUCACCUGAAGAGCUUUUUGUUGUGAGGCGUACCUACCAUGACCGGUACAAGAGUUCCUUGGAGGAAGAUGUGGCUAUUAACACCAGUGGUCAUCUUCGCCAGCUUUUGGUAGGGUUGGUGAGCUCAUUUAGGUAUGGUGGGAAUGAGAUCAAUGCAAGAUUGGCACAAUGUGAAGCUGAUAUUCUUCAUGAGGCUAUCAAAGACAAGAAUAGCAAUCAUGAUGAAGUUAUCAGGAUCCUUACUACAAGGAGCAAGACCCAACUUGUGGCAACUUUCAACCGCUACAGGGAUGACCAUGGCAUUGCCAUCACUAAGAAAUUGUCUGAUGAAGCAUCUGAUGACUUUCAUAAGGCAAUGAACAUAGCCAUUCGUUGCAUCAAUGAUUCUAAGAAGCACUAUGAAAAGGUACUGCGCAAUGCUAUGGAAAUUGUUGGAACUGAUGAGGAUGCACUCACCCGUGUGAUUGUAACCAGGGCUGAGAAGGACCUGAAGGACAUCAAAGAGGUCUAUUAUAAGAGAAACAGUGUUCACCUUGAGCAUGCAGUGGCCAAGGAAACUUCUGGAGACUAUAAGAAAUUCCUCCUCACUUUGUUGGGGAAAGAAGACUAA